AUUAUUACACAAUAACAAUCAAGAUUGUUUUCUUUACAAUUUUUCUUCUUUUUUUUUGUUCGACUCUUGUUUGACAAGAGUGCAACCUGUUGUUUUUGUUGUUUUGAUUGUUAAUUCAUCAUCAUAAUUAUUAUUAUCGUCUGUCAACAACCGAGUGAUAUAAUCAUCAUCAUCAUCAUCAAAUAAUUACCAACUGGAUCAAUAUGGGUAGCUUGCUCAGUCUAUUAAAUUUGCAUCGUAAUGCAACGCUUAAACGUGACAUUUUUGUCGAUUUUGAGAAUGCCCAACCAACCGAAUCGGAACAAAUGACCUAUACUGUAGUUGACAAUACAUUGAAUGAUGCGGCCAAGAUACUUGCCGAUCUACAAACGUAUAAAGGAGCUAGUGCCGAAAUUCGUCAGGCAAUCGAUAAUCCCCAUAAUAAGGAAUUACAGCUAAAAAUAUGGAAUACCGUUGUACCAUUAGUCAAUCGUUUGAAGCAUUUCUAUGAAUUCGCAUUGAGAUUGGAUGAAACUGUGAUGCUUUUGUUAGGCGAACUUUGUUCGGAUUCGAUGCCACCUUUAAAACAUUUAGAAACACAACAAGCAUUGGUGAAGCAAUUUAGUUGUCUUCUGGAUUUUGUUCUCAAAUUUGAUGAGCUUAAAAUGCUCAAUCCUUCUAUUCAAAAUGAUUUUAGUUUUUAUCGUCGAACGAUCAAUCGUAUCCGUUCGCCAAAUCCUAAUCAUAACACCGAUUUGAUGGCCAUUGAAGAUCUAAGCCCAGAAUUCGCUAAUAGAAUGUCUUUGUUUUAUGCAAAUGCCACACCAAUGUUACAUUCUUUGGCAAACGCGACCCUUAAUUUUGUUACAUCCAAUCCUCAUUUGCCAAUUGAAAACAUAACCGAAACGCUUGGCACUAUGGCCAAAGUAUGUCAACGAAUGAUAGAAAAUCAAGAUUUUUGUUCCAGAUUUCAAAACGAAGAAACUGUUUAUUUUGUAUUACGCGUCAUGGUUGGAGUCAUUAUUCUCUACGAUCAUGUUCAUCCAAUAGGUGCAUUUGCCAAAACCACACAGAUCGAUGUUCGUGGUUCGAUUAAAGUUCUAAAAGAACAACCACCGACAAUGGUUGAAGGUUUGCUCAAUUCACUUCGUUAUACCACAAGACAUUUGAAUGAUGAUACAACGCCUAAAAAUAUCAAAAAUAUGCUCGCCGCGUAAAGAUCAUAUUAAUGAUAUUGCUGUAAAAUAUAAAAUUUUUUCUUAAAAAUUCUUGCCUUCAAAUCGACUUUCGAAAAAAUCAAUUCGA